AUGACACGCGCACGCCGAGCAAGGCCAGAUCUAACGGAGUCGUGGGAUGAUGUAGAUGGUAGCGAAGAGGACGAGGAGAUCUACACCGAAGACGACGAGCGGGCAGAGAUGCGGGACUCAUACCGUUCCGAUCCCGCAUCAUCACGACGUAAUCUUCGAAGCAGCAGAGUAGAGUCUGCCACCAGCAGUAACGCAAGAGAUGGACGGAGAAGAAGUGCGCGGCUGUCAGUAGAGCCGGAACUCGUGAUGCCCACCUCACCAGACGGAGGAAGGUCGUCAGGCAGCGCGAUGCGUGCUUCGACACCCCACUUCAGACUCAAGGAUCGUUCACUAACGAGCGAUGCUGGCCACAUGAACGGGCCAGCAAAGAUGCGAGCUUCGACACCACAUUUCCGGCUCAAUCAACGCUCGAUGACCAGCGAUGCUGGCAGACUUGGCUCGAGGUUGAAAGACGGGUUGGACGCUGAGGAGGAGGAAGAUAUGGCAGCAUCACCAAUCACUGCAUUAUGGCAACGCAUACUACAAUCGCUCGCAUCAUACCUACUGGAUAUAGUGGGUAUAGCUCUGCGGAACGCCAAGCCUUUGCUGGGCUACGCCUUACUCGCCUACGCUUUGGUAGGCGCCAUAAUCUUCGGCACCGGCUUCGUCACGAACAGCAUAAACAACGCCCUCACACCCAUCUGCCGAAUCCCGGGCGUCUCAUAUCUGCACCUCCCUUUCUGUCCAGCGACAAGUACGGCGGAACUGCAGGGCCCAGCCGAAUUCGACAAGCUAGUUCAAGCACAAUCGCAAUUCGAGGAUGUCUUGGCCAGCACACAGGUCGGCGCGAACCUUCCGAUGGAUAUGAAGCGCUCCGAGGCCAGUAUCAGGGACCUCAAGCAUGUCGUGCAGUAUAGUACGCUGCCUUCACGCAACGAGCUGGUAUUCGAGUUCAGCGGAUUCAUCGAGACUGCGAGGCAGGCGAGUCAGGACCUCAGCAGAUUCAAUUCGAGGAUUGGACGAGCGGUCGAUCAGAUACUGAGCACGAACCGCUGGACGCUUUCGGUCAUUGAUGGUGUCGGUGCUACUGAGGCUGGUCGUGGGGCGAUCUCGAGAUGGGUGGGUGACAAUCUGAACAUCUUCGCCCCAUUCCAGCCAGUCUCACUAUCUCGGGAUGUCCUACUGGACCAGUAUCUACGACAUACUGGUGCCGUCGAGGAGCAGAUACUCAACCUCAUCUCCGAGGCUCAAGCUCUACUCGGCAUCCUAGACAAUUUGGACGGCCGUCUCGACGUCAUCGCCUCCGUAGCAACUCGAGACGGUGUCAAAGUCGAAGGUAGCAAAGAGGAGCUCUUCGCAAACCUAUGGACGAAGCUCGGUGGCAAUCGCUCCAGCGUCGCGAAGCUGGAACAACAGAUCAGGCUACUAAAGGAAGUGGGCGCGUAUCGGCGCCUCGCUUGGGCCCACAUCACGACCACGAUCGUGAAGCUACAAGCCAUCCGCGAUAAUCUCGAAGAUCUGCGCGAGCGUGUCGCUAUGCCCGAGGUAAUCGGUGAUAAAGUGCCACUGGAAGUGCACAUCGACUCGAUCAAUCUUGGGAUCGAGAGACUGGAGGCGCAGCGCGAUGCUAGUCGGAAGUCAGAAGCGGAUAAUUAUGCUAGGGUGAUCUCGAGAGCUGAGCAGGGCGAGCAGAGAGCUAUUGGAGGAGGAGGCCGAGAUUUAUGA